AUGGGCAUCCAUGCUCUUAGCGUCAUGCUAGAGGCUCUCAAUAGAGAUGCCCAACAUGCUACUAUCGCCAAGUUCAUUCAAAAUGAACUCGACGCCGAACGCGAGAAAUUAGCCUUGCUUCACCAACAAGGUUCUCAACAACCAGAGUUGUUGAGAGAACAGGGUGCUCAACAGUUUGAACUGUUGAGACAGCAGCAUGCUGCUGCUGGUGGGUCGAUGCACUCGCGUCGACCCGAGCCUUGA